GCUUCCCCUAAGCGAAGGCCGUAUAAGGCGCUGUAGGCCAGAAGCCAGCUCCGGGGAGGUUUGUCAGCCGUGCUGGCUUUUGGUGCCGCCGGUGACUGAGUGGCGUGCCGUACGGCCAUGGCGUCCGAGUACAUGUGCGCCCCACUGGCGGCGCUGAGAGCCAAGCAGCAGCAGCACCAGCAGCAGCAGCAGCCAGGCUCGACGCCCGUCAACGGCAGCCCGCACUCUGACCUUAGCACGGCGUCGUCGCGCAGAAGGGUGAGCGAACCACAACAGACACCGGCACACAGACAGACAGACAGACAGACAGACACUGAAGCAGACAGGAAAGGCAGCUCCCAUGUGUGUGUGUUCUGACUCACUCGUUGGGUCGUUUCUGUUUGUUGUGUGUUCAGCAUCCUUUGACGAAGCGGGGGCGUCGUCUGGGCCGUCUUGUGGAGCGCUGGGCGGAGUUCCAUGGGUCCCAUCUGCUGUGCUUCGACCACCCCAACGACACCCACCCACGCCGCAGCAUCGACCUGCUCGGCUGCGACGCGUCACCCAUCAGCAAAUCGCACCUCCCAUUAUGCGGCAAAGGCAAGGUGCUCUCCCUCCACCCCCCAGCCAUCUUUGGCGAGCGCCGCGCCGCCCCCUUCCUGCCCUUCUUCUGCCGAGGCAUCCCGGAGAACGAUGACGACGGCUGUGGGGGCGGCGGGCUGGAGGAGAAUGACUGUCCGUCGACGGGCAACGGCACCACUGGCACCGACAGCCCGCUGGACACCGACCGUCGGGAGACUGAGGAGGGGGGGUGGUAUGUGCGCUUGAGCGGGUCGCAGUGGGGUUCCCAGGCGGUGUAUCUGCAGCUGCCGUCUGAGGAUGAGCGCGACGCACUGGUGGAGGCCAUCCGGGAGCUGGGGAGCAUCAGGCGGUCGCAGGAGGGAGGAUGGGCCGAGGGGGACCGUGACGACCAUGAGGUACGUCCAUCGAUCGACAAACAGACAGGCGGGGAGGGAGGGAGGGGAGGAGAAGACAAGACGGGCAUCCAAUGUCUGUCUCUGCUCUGUUCUGUUCUGUUUGUUGUUCGUCGUCUAUGCCUUCCUUCGUAGCUGAAUGAGGCCAGCUCCGGCAGCCGGCUGCUGCUCCCUGACCUGCAGCCGGGGUCGCCGGCGCCCUGCUCAUUUCCCCCGGCGCCCUGCUCCUUCCCCCCUGCAGCCGCCACACGCGAGCCGCGCACAGUGCUCUCCCGCUUCCUCAAGACCUGGUCGAGCACUGUCAAAGGCUCCCCAUCCCCAACGCGCCACCUGCCCCACCACCACUCUCACACCCAGGCGGCCCCCCCUUCAUCCCCCACCCACUGUGACCAUCUUCAGCAGCAGCAGCAGCAGCAGCAGAAGGACAUUCAGCUUGAGCAGCCUGAGAGUCAGCUGACCAGCCUGCCGCUGACCAAGGACAUGAUUCACCAUGGCGACCAAGACCAUGACCAUGACUAUGAUCAGGAGCAGGACAAGUGUGUGGGCAGCACCCACACGGGCCUCAGUGGCAGUGGCAGUGGCAGCGGACGGGCGUCGACCACUGAGGGGGAGAGCCCCCUGCUGGGGGACAACCAGACGUCGUGUGGCGGGGAGGGGAGCGGCAGCGGCAGCGGCAGUGGCAGUGGGAGCGGCGCCAUGACGACGGACAGCGGGCUCUUCUGCUCGCCGGUGAGCCAUGCUUAUGGGCAGGGCGGGAGCGACGAUGUCGCGCCGCACGACAUACCCGACGAGAUGACGGAAGGUGGGUAAUUCGCCAGCUGACGUGGGAUGGAUGGAUGGAGGGAUGGAUGGAUGGGUUACAUGUGUGUGUGUGUGUGUGUGUUGACUGACUAUUGUGUGUGCCUCACUGGAGGUUCAGAUGAGCAAAGUCCUCAUGACAAUUUGGGGUCCAAGAAGCCGACGAGGCGGUCGGCCAACCGGAGGGAGGUGUAUAGGCCAGGCCAGUCCUCGCCAAGGAUACAUGUACCGUCACAAACCCGCACACACGCAACACAACACAACACAACACAACACGGGGGCUCGCGCGAUGCCUCCUUACCCUCUCUCUCUCUCUGUGUGUGUGCGGCUCCAUCCAUCAGAAUCUGUCCAGCAGUUGUUACAACCGCAAUGUCGAUGCCACGCACUGGGAGCCGCCCAACGGGUGAGAUGAGAGAGGCAGAAUCACCCCCACCUCACACACACACACAUACACACAUACUCGCAUACUCACAACGAUCCUUGCCUGCCCGUCUCUGUCUGCCUGUCUGUCUGUCUGUCAGCGAGACGCCCACCGAGGCCUUGAAUCGGGCGCAAGACCUAGCGUGGUACACACAUACGAACCCACACAAAAGGAGCCACACAACACAGACGUUUGCCAUUCUCUGCAUCUGAUGUGUCCGGUCCGGCCCAUGUCUGUCGGUCAGGAAUUUUGACCUGGAUAAGGCCGAGAAGGCGCUGAGGCCGUACAUCAAGACCGGCCUGCUGCACAGCCUCACCUACGCCGAAGUCGCAUUCCUCCGGGUAAAUCGACGACAAGAGGGAAACACAGAGGGAGGGAGAACAAAGACGUGUGUGUAUGGUAUGCCCCCGAUUUCCUUGGUCUGGUUGUGCAGGUGCUGGUGACUGGCCGGAAGGCUCACGCGUACGAGUGCAUCGACCGGAUCACUGACACCGAGCACAUCAGGGACGCCAUCAGGUGCGUGCGACACACAUAAACUCACUCACAGGCACACGCCCACAGAGAGACAGGAGAGAGAGAUGCAUCAAUCACAUCAGGCCAGGCAGGCACCCACCUGUGCCUGUGUGUUGCCCGCCCCCCACCCCGCCCCCCACAGGACUCAUUCGAGCCACCCGUGUUCGCCGUGCCCGUAUCUGCCAUACCAGCCGUCACCCACCACGACGUUCGACAACGGCAGCACGGCGGCCUCGACGGAGUCGUCGCCCGGCAAGAGGGAGAGCAGAGAGAGCCCCCCGUGGCCCUCACACCUGAUCGACCUCGUCACUGCUGAGCUGCUGCUCUUCAGAUCUGUCCUGUGUGUAAGCACCCACACACACAGGGAGGGAGGGAGGGAGGGAUGGAAAGAGGGAGGGGCAUGAUGUGUGUGUGUCUUGUGUGUGUGUGUGUGCAGGUGAUGAUAGGUCAUCGGCUGAGGGCCUUUCUGCUCUACAGACAGAGCUGGGGCAUCUUCAGACGACUCGGUGAGUGAGUCGGCCAAGAAAAGCAAAGGCUCUGCACUCGCUCUCCCGACUAGAUCUGGAUCUCUUUCUAUUCUAUGUGGCUUGCAGAGAUUCAGUGCGCGCCCUCAACCCUGUCGGGCGCGGCGACGCCCUCGCCGGCCCAGACACCGCCCCAGCCCACCUCACCCCGGAAGACACCCACAGCGAAGAAGGUAUGUAUGGAUGUGGCGCAAUCACCGGGGGCGGAUGGAUGGAUGGACGGACGGACACACGCGAUGAGAUGGGGUCGUUUUGUUUCUUUCAGGCCAGCACCACAGGGGGUGACCUGCUGACAACCGGCGUGCUGCCGUCCUGCCCGACGGACAACCACAACAGCAGCAGCAGCAACAAGCAGCAGCAGCAGCAGACGGUUCCCUCUGUGUCGCUGGGCUGGUUCGGCGGCAGACGGGAGGCCAUCACACUCGACGACGAGAUGAUGAGCAGGUCAGUCUCUCUCACCCAAACCCAAGCCAACACGCUAGCUAUGGAUGUGUGACGUCCGUGUCUUGUGUGUCUUGUGUGUGGUGGGUGCCAUGCCAUGCAGGCUGCUGUUGGGUCUAGGUCUGUUCUACCUGUCUGUGUCGCUGGUGCCCGUGUCGUUCGCUGGUCUCUUGCGGCUGGCCGGCUUCCUGCUCAACAGGUCCAGGGGCGUCAGAUACCUCGACACAUGCGCCAACCAUGUCGCGGGGGUGAGUAGUGAGUGUGAGCGGAGCGGAGCGGAGGGAGCGGAGCGGAAGACACAACUAACACCACACGACACACAUGACAUGAUAUGACGGUCUGUGGGUGUGGGUGUGUGUGUGUGUUGUGUGGUGGUGGUGUAGAGCCGCGCGAUGCUUGCCGGUCUGGUGUUGUCCCUCUACUACCUCGACCUGGACCCUGAUGUGCAGAAGGCCGGUAUGUGUGUGUGUGUGUGUGUGUGUAGGGUGGGUGCAUAUAUAUGAUGCCUUGCCUUCACAUGAAACACAUUAUUCCUGACACCCCACCCCCACCCCCAUGUGCGUGUAUAUGUGUGUCUGCCUGUGUGUGGCAUACAGGCGACCUGUUGACGGCCUUCCUGAAGGUGAAGCCCGAGUGUGCUCUGCUCCACUGGGCCGGUGAGAGCCUUGAGAGCCUUCACACACGCGGCCAUUUGUGCUCUGUGUGUGUGUGGCGCCGCGUGGGUGAUUGUGUGUAAAGGGUCUCUGCUGGCGUGGCGUCACGCGUUGAUCAACGAUGCGGCCUUCUUGAUCAACAAGGCCCUCUGGUGCUGCGGCGACCCACUGGCAGACUCGGCCGCAUACCUCAAAUACGAACUCGGUCACACACACAGAGCACAUUGCGCCAUCCAUCCAUCCAUGCAUCCAUCCAUGUGUGGUGUGGUGUGGUGUGGUGUGCAGCGUGGUUUUACUUCAUGAAGAUGGAGUGGGACCUCUCCGCCCGGCACCUCACGGCCGUCAUGGCCCGCGUCCUCAACACACAAGACAAAAUAUUCCUCCCACACAAAGUCAGUCAGUAUACACACCCUCCCCCCUCUGCCCUCCCCUCCCACCCUCCCAUACCCCCACCCCAUGUCUGUCUGUCUGUCUGUGUCUGUGUCUGUGUCUGUGUGUGUGCAGGGCGUGUUGGCGAUGCAGAUAGCGGCGUGUGCUUUCCAGGUGUGUGUGGUGCCGCCCGACGCCCUGGGCGCCACCGUGGACGUGACGGUCCGCGAGGCAGGCGACAACCCACACCAGUGGCUGCGGCAAUGUGAGAUCUUCGCACAAAACAGCUCAAACAAAUCGAGACUCGAUGACGACUUUGGUACACUCACACACACACCACACACACAGACAGAGCUACAGCCACACUCAGACCUCUCCGUGUGUGUGUGGGUGUGGGUCUACGUACGAUUGGAUUGACCUGUGUGUGUGCAGCGCGUUUGUCGGUGCUGUAUUCUGGCGCCCGUGGCGCGCCCCGCUGCGACCCCCGUCUGCUGUCUUUUGAGGUCAUGUACCACUUGAAGCAGCUCAGCAGGCUCCCCACGGCAUUCCUCGACAGAUUACACAUCGCCAUAUGCGACAUCGCCAAACCUGUCGCCACGGUACGGGUGUGUCCCCCCCCCCCUUCAUUGAGUUCUAUUCCAUUGCGUCUCAUGCAUGUGUUGUGUGUCCGUCUCGUGUCUGCGUGUGAACAGAAGCUGCUCCGCUCAUGCGAUCCAUCUGCCCUCUCCCUCCUCGGUUAGAGAGAGAAUGAGACAGAGAAAACACCACCCCACCCCACACCACACCAGACCAGACCACCACACCGAACGAACCGUCGUUCAUUCAUCAUCACAUACAUGUGUCUGUCUGUGCGUGGGUGGGGUGCAUUCAUAUCAUCAGACGCCAAAUGCGACAUUUUCGGCCAGCGUCCCGCAGCCCGCUCAUCGAUGGCUCUGUCGUCCUUCCCCCUGCCCACCCCCGCCCCCCAGUGGUCGUCACAGGACACACAGGCCACAACCAGGACCACGGCCACUGGUGCGGGUACGGCUGGCGCUCAUGCGGAGAGGGUGCAGCGGUCGGUUGAUGCGGUGGUGGGAGGGCAGCUGACGUCGGACGAGCUGCUGACACACGUGUGUGCGAUGGGGCUGCGCGCGGCGGUGCUGUUCCAUAUGGGCGACUGCGACACGGCCAUGACCUUCGUGCCACAUCUCAAGGAGGUGCGUGCGAAUGGCGGGGGUGGAGGGGCCUUGUCGGUCGGUCGGUCGGUCGAUGUCCGUGUGUGGUCUUGGUCUUGUGUGCAGGUUGCCAGCCACGUGUCGACUAUGUGGCCGCACCUGACCGUGCACGCCCUCUACUGGUGCGCCAGGCACUUCGGGUACGCCAGCGACCAGCCAUCCACUCAUCCAUCCGUCUAUCCAUCCAUCCAUGUAUCCAUCCAUGUAUUGUCUGUCUGUGUGUGCUGCGCUGCUCCUCACCGCAGAUUGUGUCAGGACCUCGACUCGGCGAUAGGGUGUCUGCGGCGCGCCAGGCGGGGGCGCAAAUACCCCUUUAACAUACACGUCAAGGCCGGCAAGGUACCGUACCGCACUCAUCACUGGUCAAAGCGACGAAACCCACACGCAUGCACAUAGACGACACUGUGUCUGUGUCUCUCUCUCUCUGUGUGUGUGUGUGUGAGCCAGGUCCUGAAAGAUUUCACCGAGAACGGGGGGCUCUACAACUAGCUAGCUGAAUGGGGGCGGAAGGGAGAGAGAGGGAGGGAAGGAGAGAGGGAGAGAGCGGAUGGCCCCUGCCUGCCUGCCUGCCUGCCUGUGUGUGCGAUAGAGAGAUGCACAUACGUCCGUCCCUCCGUCCAUCGACCCACUGGUUCUGUGGGUGGAUGGAGGAGUUACAGCAGACAUGCGACGCAGUAAAUGACCGGCUGACUGACUUGACUUGACUGACACACAGAGAGACAGACAGAGUGACAGAAAGACAGAAAGAGAGAGAGAAGGAGGGGGACUUACUGCGCAUACGACUGUAUGUAUCUGUGUGUGCCUCUGUGUGUGUGCCUGAGCGUCUGUCUGCGUGCCAGCAAAGUGGACGGACGGACGGCUGAAUGAUUGAUUGAAUGUCGAUCGCUGGCUGGCUGAUGUGUGUGUACGUAAGUGCGUGUACCGACCGUAUGUGUGUAGUUUCGUUCGCCCUCUCACUCUCACUCUCACUCGCACAUACGAAUUCAGGUUUGCUGCGCGUCGUGCUGGCUUGGCUUGCGGCACCACUCGCCUCUCUCUCUCUGGUGUGUAAAUACUCUUUCUUACCUGUCUGCCUUUUGGUUGGUUGGCUGGCUGGCUGGCUGUCUGUCCGCUGUUUGUGUGCACACACACAGAAGUAUAUACGGGGACCUGUGUGUGCCAGCCAUCCACCAGCUCUUUCUUUCUUUCCUUCUUUCUUUCUUUCCACCUAUACACACACACACACACACGCACACAUUCAUGCGCAGCGCAGACACAGCUACCUACCUGUUGUUGACCAGUUGUUGACUUGCACUCACUUGGCCUUCUGAGGCACAUGUACGUACGUAGGUACCAGGGUGUGCACAAAAUUCACCCGAUGGCCCACUCGUUGCUGCACAGCUGCAGGCAGACAUGAAGGGAGUCAGUACACAAUGGUCCGCCAACGGGCCCAACCAACCAUGGCCAUGGCGCGACCAAAUUUUCUCUCUCCCUGCCGCCCCUCCCGCCCCUCCCGCCCCUUGUCUGCGUGAGCUAGCUUACUGGUACUGGUUGAUGGACUCACUGGCUGACUGACCGUCCGUCCACACGGGGCGUGUGUGCAUUGCAAUUGCCUAGCUUGCCUUUAUAAUCAGUUGCUUGCCUGGUUGCUUGCGGUGGCUGUGUGAACGUAUGCACAUCCAUCGAUCCAUCCAUCCAUCCAUCCAUCGAUCCCUCCUCAUACUGUCGAUCUGUGUGAAUGUGCGUAUACACACACGCAUACACACACAUGUAUGUACACGCAUACACACAUAUGUACACACAUGUACACACACACAUGUCCGUACGUAUCUUUGACGUGUAUUUAUUAACGUACCUGCAUGCGUGAGUUUGCGUGAUCGACCUACGACGGGUGGGGUGGUGCUCUUGCUUGAAGCACUCAUUCAUUCAUUCAUUCGUCGGAUUGCAUCCAUUGCAUGCAAUGCGCGGAGGAG